GGGCCGAAUCGUUAGAAUACCGCGAAGUCGGGCUCGGGUACCUGCGGACUUGUUUAACUUCAAAAGAAAGUGAAUUGAGAAGUGUCAGUAUAUUCAACUUGUCAAGGACCACUGAACCAAUUCAAUCAACGAGGCACAUUAAGCAUCCUUGGGUGAAGGGAAUUCAAAUUUGUUCAAAGGAAAGACUAUAUCAAAAUGGUGAAAAUAGGAAAAGAAUAGAAAUGGAUAAUUAGAACACUUUGAUAUGAUGGCCAUUCACCAUGCAUUAAUGAACCAUUCGGUCAAUUUUAACCAGACUUGGAACAGAGUAUCCUUGGGUGAAGGGGAUUCAAGUUUGUUCAAUUGAAUAACUAUCUCCACUUCUAAUGGGAGAUAAUCCAAAAAAGGCCAAAAAAUAAGGGGUGUAGUACACAUACAUGCAGUUAUAUGAAGCUGGAAGAAGUCUGACAAUAUGCAAACAGCUUUAAAGAAUUUUUGGGUGAAGAUAGCGGAGUCUCAGUUUGGCCAUUAUAAGGAUCCAUUGACAGAGAUUUUAUGGUGAACGCUGUGAUAUCCUAUGCAGACACUAAGACUUGUAUUUAUUUUAUUCAUUUAUUAAUUUUUUAUCAUUUCUAUCAUCGCAUUGGUAAAGAUAAGAUUACACUCUUCUAGUUUUGGUUGUGAAAAGGUACUUUGUUCACAAACUGCAAAUUGUAACUUGAUUUGUCAUUUUGCAUGAUCACUAUCUGUCACAAGCCAUAGAGGUAGGCCAGAAAGUUUUGAAUACCUCAUUUGAGGGCUUAAAGAUCUUUUCUAAUUCAAUUUGUGUGUUGUCUGUUUGAGCUAGGCUGGUGUUCGUGAACAUUUUGCAUUUUUGACUUGGUUCUGGAACCAUGGGGCUAAGUUCAUGUCCUUUUCAGAGGGGGAGAGAAUAAGAAGUGAAAAAUAGGAUAGGGUGUUGAUAAAUCUUCUUUAGAGCCACUGCACCAGAAAGUCAAAACUUGUACAACAGCUUGUUUAUAUGAGGGGGUUCUACUGUAUUUGAAAAUUUCUUUAAAAUUCUUCUUCCCAGGAACCACAAAUAAUAUGUAAAAGUAAUGAAGCAUCCUCAUACAUCACAGAUUUAGGUUUGUUCGAACUAGGUCCCCAAGGUCAGGAUGGGGUCACAGAAAGGGUUCAGAGAUUUACAUAGGAUUACACAAGAAAAACAUUAUUUGAAAAGGUUCUUUUCAAGAACCAUGGGGGUACAAGAUGUCAAAUUGAUAUGUAUUAGCAUCCUCAUGCAGUGUAUAUUCAAGUGAAUUCACACCAUGGUUCUUGAUGCGACUACAUCAUUGGAUUACAUAGGAAUAGAUUGUAAAUUCUUCUUUUUUAAAGUUCUUUUCACUCUUACAAAGUGCAGUUUUUAAAAUUGAUAUGUUAGUAUGUAUUCAAAUGUAAUGUUGAUUCAAGUUUGUUUAAACCAGAACCCCGUGGGACAGGAUGGGACAGUAAUUGGAAUGGGGGGUUUAUAAGACAAAAAUGUCAUUGUUCAGCUGAGCAAUGUGGCCCAUGGACAUUUUGUUGCUACAAAAUACGUAUACAUAUAUUAAAAUUAAACAUGAGAAAUGUAUGACAGAUUUAUGAAAAAAUUACUAGCAGGCUUUCUGUUAGAUCAUGUUGAUAGAGGACUGAUUUCAUGAAUUUUUCUUGUCAUACAUAUAUAGUAAAGGAACUGUUAAAAAUGUAUAUUUAUAAUUAUAUCAAAAUUAGAUUAAAUCUAUGAUUAAUUGAAAGUAGAUUGCAUUGUAAUUCAAACUACACAACAUGUGUUGAUAUGCAUUUUAUAGGUCAUAGUCUCACAAAGCUUCAAUGAAUUUUAUCUAAUUAACAUGCAUGCAUGUAGUAAUUAAUGUCAAAUAUUGCCCACAGAACUCUUUGAUACACGGUGAACAGUGUUUAUUGAAUUACAUCAUGUGUGAUGAAGGAUGAGGUUAUAUGAUCUCUGAUUUUUUUUGUUCAUUCAUUUUUCAAAAUGCUAUUUUCUUAUUAGCUGAUUGUUACCUGGUAUUAGUAUUCACAUAUUGUGACAGAUUGCGUACUGUUCAGGAUUUUAGGCAGAUCCACACUGUACUCUUCUGUUUGUUUUUUUUUUUUUGUAGACGUGAAGCCUUAUAUAAGUGGAAGGCUCAAUCAAUUAUAGAUCAUAGAGCUCAAGUCUUAACACAGAGAAGCAUUCAGAGCCAUCAUAUUGACUGCUGUACCAUAGGAAGCACCUGCUGCAUUUAACUAUUACACCAGGAUGAAGAUGUAUUUGAAAAUUUUUUGCCUUUACAUAUUGUGUUUUGGAGGAUUCCUGAUGGCUUCUGAGUGUCCUCAAAAAGGGGAAAUCCAUUCCAAUUCUCCAGUUGUCUACUUUGGUGAAGUCAUAAAUGUAACCUGUACAGUCAAUGGAGAUGCCAGUUUGCAAGUUUUGAGUGAGAGUUUGUUGUACUUCAAGGCAUCAAAACUGAAAGUGGGCUCCAGUGACAGGACUCUGAAAGGCAAACCUUUGGAUAACCCUCCAAACAUUGGAAUAACCAUAAGUGAUGUUGUAAACCAAACAGCCAGCAAGGAAAACAAGUACAUGCACUACAUGUGUUUAUAUGAUCAAUGCCUAAUUGAUCAAAUCUUUUUAGAAAUUGAAUACAGACCACAACUUCCAGAUUCAGGGAAAUGCAAGGUGUAUAAUUGGGAAAGGAUGGAGUGCAAAUGGGACCUCCAUGUGGAGUACAGACAACAGGAUUUGAUGACUUUUAUCAGUUUGAUGUACAGUGUAACAACAGAGUCAUGGAGCCUAUGUCCUGACUUGUCAGUGACUGGCAGAACUCUUACCUGUGUCAUUGAGGACAAAAAGAAUUCCCCUAUGUUUAUUGGGCACUAUUACUUUGUUCUCACUGUCAACAAUACAAAGACUCUCCAUUCAGCAAAUAUUUCCUCCGAGUUCCACACCAACUCAAUCGUGAAACCUGCCAAAGUGCACUCGGUGUCUGCUGAAGCCAAUAGAAGUUCUAUUCAUUUAAAAUGGAGUGUAGAAAUGAAAUUUCAGCCACAGUUGUUCAGGAUUCGUUAUGCUAUCAAUCCCAAUUUUCAUCAAAAUCCUGUAUGGAAGGAAGUGAAUACAACAGGAAGGGAUGUCGUUUUGAAAGAUUUGCUGCCAUACAGGAAUUAUACAAUACAGAUAAAUGCCAUUCCAUUGGUCAAUAACAAGUCUACAGGUUUCUGGUCUGACACCACAGUUGUCAGCAACACCACAUUACAAGAUGUACCCAGUGAUGUACCAAAUAUUGAUCCAGGCUUCUAUUCCUGUAUUGAUGCUAACUGCACGAGAGUGACCCUCUACUGGCAGCAAAUCAGUGAUAAUUCCAGCAAUGGCAUAAUCAUGAAGUACCGCAUAACAAUAGAGAGCAAUGGUACGCAGAGUCAGCCGCUGUAUAUAGAAGAUCCUUCAUUGACUGAGUAUAUAGUCCCGGUCAACAACAAAUACAACACCAGGAUAAAGCUCAAUGUAGCCACUGAGGUGGGAUUUUCCACCAAAAGUGAUUCCUCUCUUAACGUGGCUCCACUCCAUUAUGGUCCCCCAUAUGCAGAAAAUAUUAUUGUAGAGGCUUUAGAAUUUAAAGUGGUAAAUAUAUCGUGGGCAACUCCCAGAAUCCCAGAGAACAUCAAGGCAUACUCCAUCACGAAUUACUCCAUUAUGUGGUGCAUUGGAGACCAAAGUGGAUGUAAGGGAGAAAUAGAAUAUGAGAUAGUCCGUUUUAUGAAGGGAAAGAAGACUUAUUGGAAGAAGUUAGAUAUGGCGGAGUCAUUUGAGAAGUAUGCCUUUGGAAUUUCAGUGGAUGCUUUCAAAAGGACUGGUCGCUUUAUUAGUAGUGGGAUCAAAUGGAACCAAUGUUCUUAUAAAGUGGAUGCUGUGCCAAGGGAUCCAGUUAAGGUCAAUCUUGUAUUAGAGGAUGACCAGAAAUCCAACAACGAAACCAUGUUGUUCAAGUGGAACACCUACAGCUGUCAGACACACCGAGUUGGUCCCAUCCAAAACUUCACCAUAAUAGUUUGUUCCAUUGAUGGCAAAGAAAACUGUGAAGGUACACCUCAGGAAGUUGUGCUGAGAGGAAACCAAACUGAAUACAGAGUCAUGGACUUGAUUGGUGGAAAAUAUUACAAAAUAAGAGUUUCUGCUGGAUUCAAGGGAGGCAACUCUCCCCCAGGCCAAUAUACGUUUAAAUCAUCUGCUGCUAACUCAAUACCUAAUCCUAGUGACAAAGGUGCUGAGGGUGGUGUCUCUUUGGGUGCCAUUGCUGGAGGUGUGGUAGCAGUCAUUGCAGUGGCUGUUAUCAUAAUUAUUGCUUGGAAAAUAAGGCGCUGUUUAAGAACACCUGAUGUAGAAAUUGAAAUGCCUCCAAUAAGAACAACUGGAGAAUCCAGAGCCCAAGAGUCCUUAGUUACUGAGAGUCUGCCUUUACUCCCAUCUUUAGAGAACCAGUUUCAACUCCCCAAAACCGUACCAAACGGAAGAGCAAUACCUUCCAUGCAUGAUAAUCCUCACUACAAGUCCAGUGAGAGUCCGUCUGUGUAUUCUGAGUGUGAACAUAAUACAAGUAAUUAUAACACUGACAAUGUCAAAAUUCAGGAUCCAAGUAAGAAAUCGGCAUUUCCUGGUGAUUCACAGACUGCCAAGGAUGGUAGUUCUGCUCAAACCGUUUAUGUACCACACACAGUGGCCAUGGGGCUUCAACAGGGAGAGAGCAGACAGGAAUUGUCUGUUUCUUGUGAUUCUGAAAAUUUGCAUUCUGCAGAAAUUGGCUCAUAUUGUAGAGGAGAUGCCGUGGAUAACAGUGCAGCUGUAAAACCGUUAUGUGAGAGAAACUCCUUGUGUGUGUCUGAUAUGUCAAGUGUUCAGAAUAAUGCAUCCUCAAAAGAUGUAGAUGAGUUUGGUUAUUACCCAAAUUGAUCUUCAGAUUUGUAAUGUAUCAUUUAUUUUUUGUGAGUGUUCCAACUUGUUCAAAGACAUUCCUCUGUAAAACUUGCUUUUGAUAUCUGUCCACAGUCACUUCUCAGGGUUUUCAGGUGAAAUAUUCUUGAUGAUAAAUUAGUCAAUCCUAGAAAAUUGUUAAACAUCACCAAUAUUUGUGCGAGAGGAAUAUCAUUUCUGGUAUGAAUUACUUUACUAGUAACUGUCACUUAGGCCUUUUAAACUAAGACUUUAGGAAGUGAAUGAAAUAGAAGGGGCAUUGUUUUGUUGUCAAUUUGUUCACAUGACAGCUUAAAAGAUACCAAAUUGAAAUCACAGCCAAUGUUUCUAGCAUACUGAAUGUGUAAUACUGAAUGUGUAAUUUGUAGAGGCCAAUUUAAUGAUGGAAGAAGCUUUUCAUAUGGAUUAGUUUGGAUGGUUAGACUACUAAGGGAAGUAACUUGUAUUUUUGCUGUAGUUCUUAAAUUAAGAUGCAUCAGUUGAAUCUUAAACUUAGUUUAAACUUUUAGUUUUAUUAAUGAUUAUGGUUAAAGUUACAUACAAAACUAUCAUAAUAGCAUAUUUGUACAACAAAAUAAAAAUUUUCAGAUUUAGUGCAAAUAUUACUUAGAAUAUUCAAUUCAACCCAUUUUGAAACGCCCUCUAGCUCUGCCACAGCUGUAGAGGACAAACUGAAUGACAGACCAAUUGUAAGUUGAAGCGUGCUACUUGAAGGCAUGUAGUACAAUAUAAGCAAUACAUUAAAUAUCAUUAUCAAGAAUCCACUAUUAGACAUCUAGUUCAUUCAGUAUUAAUGUUUUUGGACACUUCAAUGAUUGUCAUGCUUGUAAAACUUCUCUUCAGUUAUUGUUAAGUCAUUUAUUGCCUACUAAUUUAAGACUUCUGGUAGUUCUGGUGAGAUGCUAUUAUAGAAUGAAACAGCUGGAGAAAGAAGUGAAGGGUAAUUGAGGAACAUGUCAAACAUAUUUAUGUUUAUUGUUGGAGUGCAAUAUUAAUUACAAAAUUAGCAUAGACAUAGUAGUUUAAAACUUUGGGUGAGCUGACUUUAGGAUUAGUGGGGGGUUUUUAUGAUCUAUUUUCCGUCCAUUGUAUCCCACAUUCCCAUGCUGAAUAUUAUUUCACCUUUUUACUGAUGUGAAUGGAAAUGUUAUGGUUUGUAAAUGUUGUGGAAAAUGAACACAAAUCCAAGUAUUAUUUGGCCUGUAACCACAGUAUUUUGCCAGUCGUACAUGUAUGGCUACCACAGUAUUUUGCCAGUCGUACAUGUAUGGCUGUAUAUUGGAGGGUACUGGUGUGUUACUUCGGAAAUCUGCUUAAAAUCUUAUUAUUAAUCUAUGAUGCAGUAUAAUUGAUAUUAAGAUAUUUCAGCUUUAUAAAUCUAAUGCAAUCUUCUAAACUUUACCUCUGUCCCUGCUUUUUUUAGAAAAAUGUUUACAACUCUCUUUAAACUAGUACUAGGUGAUCGAGGAUGCACUGCAUAUUUGUAUUUCAUAAUAUGGAACACAUUGAAUUUAUCAUGAAGUUAACCUUGAAUAGAGACAAAUUAGUAUGUGCCAUAACAAAUAUUUCAAUAUUUGUAUUUCUGUUAUACUUGCCAAAGAAAAGGAUUAACCUAACAGUAUUUUUCUUUUUAUUCUGCAUGAAAAUGGUUUUAUCAAAUUGGGGUUGAUUAGCUAACAGCUAUAACCUAGUUGUUAGGAAAAGAUCAAGAUUUGCAGAAGCACUCUGCUGACAGAUAAUAAAUUGAACUUUUUUUAUAGCAUAAGGUUUAGAAUUUGAGUCCAUGCUAUCAUAUGAAUACUUCAUCUUGUAAAAAAUGUUUAUGCUAUUGUACCUUUAAAGUGUCUCAAUGCUCGACUGCCCCAUCAUUGUUACCUUAUAAUGUAACAAUGACUUGCUUGCAAAACCUUGUUAGAGCAUUUUUAAUUCUUAAUUUACGAAAGUUAUGCAUAGUAAGGGUACCUGCAGACCUUCACACAGUCUUACUAAUGCAUACAUCUGAUACUGUAUGUUGUGUAUGCUGUGCAACAAAUAAACAAAUUCUUAUGUAACAAUAUGUAUUUUUGGAUAUGAUGUAUGCCUAAUUAGAAAAUUCAUUGUUGACAAAAAUAUCAUGGAGUAUUGAGACACUUUAAACGAAAUGAUAUUUUUUAUCAAGGAUUUAAGUUUGUUUUGAGAUAAUGAGACUACGAAUUUGAAUUUCUUAUUUGAUUGUUCACCACUUUAAAACUACUGUAGCUUCCCUAUAAAACACGAGUGCUUGUUUUGGUGAAAAUGUCAUUUUGUCAAAUAGUACAUGUAUAGAAUUGUGGGUGUGAUACCUCUGAAGAGCUUUAUUCUAUGAUAUGAAUGAUCAUAGAUAAAUAAAAGUGAGAUUUUAAUUUCACAAGAGGGGUCUCUUGCAAAUUACUACAAGUAUUGAUUACUGGCUUAUGAUAAGAAAUCUGCUGUAGUUAUUGGUGGUGAAAAGUUGUGCGUAUGAACAGGUACAAAUGUAUACAUAUAGUUUUACUUGUUUUAGUCGUGUGCUCCCAUUUCAUUAAUUUAUGAUGAGUCAAUAUAUUGUUUUAUUUUGUGGUUUUUUUAUUUUGGGUUUGUUUUCGUUUUUGUUUUUAUUGUGAGUAAAUGUUAGGAUUUUACAAUGUCAGUGUUUGCAUAUGUUGAGAGAAGAGGUCUACUUUUGAGAGGUUUGUAGGGUAGUUGGUUUCUUUAAUUGUCUUUCUUCUGAUAAAAAUGAUUAUCCAAAUAUCUCUUUAUAAUGAUGUCAUUGUAGAACUGUUACAUAACACCUGUAUUAUCAACACAGAUUCACACUGCAUGGUGGCACUACUGAUAUAUAUAAACCUGGGUCAGAGAACUGUUACAUAACACCUGUAUUAUCAACACAGAUUCACACUGCAUGGUGGUACUAUUGAUAUAUAUAAACCGGUGUCAGAGGUUGUGAUCACCUUCAUUUGAUUAUUUAGAGAAUAAUUCCUCUUUGAUAUAAUCUUUUGAUUAGAGUGGAGUUACCCGGGUUUUUUUUAUAAGAUUGAUUUAAUCGUGUUUACUUUUAUUUUCCCCUUUUAUAUUUAUGUAUGCACAUUCCUAAAUCAGUUGGAACAAUUAUUUGUAUAUCUUUUUGAGUUAUAAAUAUCUCCACAGUUUUGACAUUGCAUCUCUUUGUCAUGAGUAACAGAUACAUGUACAUGAUACCUCUAUAUAGAGGGGAAAUGGUGCUGAUUUUGACCACCUUCUAUACCACAGUUCUAGGUUGAAACUUGGUUUUCAAGGUAAUUCAUGUUGUAAGAAAUAUUAAGUUUCAUAUUGUUUAAUCUGUGUACAGUAUUCACAUAACCAUUUUUUAAUUUAUCGGAAAAAUUUUACUUGCUAUUUCUUAUAAAAACAUUCUUUUAUAAAUUAGUACAUGUAUUUGCUUUUAGACUUGUUUAUUGUGAUUUUAUGUUGAGAUAAUGUGAUAAUCACGGGUUUUGUGACAGGAUUAUAUAGCUAUAUAAUAUACGGUAAAAUAUCUCUAUCUCAAAAUCCAAGGGACCUCGAAAAAACUUCGAGAUAUCCGGGGGUUCGAGAUAUCCAAAAUCGAUCUUGGAAAUUUUUUUUGAAGGAGGAUAUUUGAUGCAUAGUAUGGGAUUUGCAUUAUAAACAAAAACCCUGUUGCCGUUUCUUAUAGUUUAAUAGAGGGCGAAGCCCUCUCACAGCCCGAAGGACCGUGAGAGCGGAGCUCUUCCUAUAGGUAACACAUAUAUACAUGUUUAAAAGGAAAAUAUAGGAAAACAAUGAAAAAUUAAACCAUUCCUAUGGAACUUGAAAAUUUUGGUAUUAAUGGCGUCGAUUCGAAUACUAUCGCGUGGAUAUGUAUUUCUCCAUUUUGAAUCUCAUCUACCCUAGUUCACGUCGUUUUGAGAUGUUACAUAAAAUUCGUAAAAGCAUGUAAAUCUUAUUUCCUUAAUCAUAUAUAAUCACUCCACCAUUAACGCCAUGUUUGUUGUUGUGGUUCAAACGCUAUGUUUGUAAAUUUGUUAAAUAACGACGCUGAAUAUGACGUCACAAUGUACUGUUUACAUCAACUGCAUUAUAUUUCCCGCGUUCAAUAUAUAGGCGGAUCAAAUAUCCAAAAUUAGGAUGCUUUGAUACAGCUCCAUCCUCGUGCUAACUUCUGGUUGUUUUUGUUCUGUUUUGGAUAUAGAUACUAAUGCCAAAAUUUGUUUGCUUCGCCCUCAAACACGGUCACGCCGUAAAACAUAUUACAAUUUAAUAAAUCAAUAUUGUGGAAUUUCAAAGACAAACAUUUCUUUUUUAAAUAUAUAUAAACAUCCAUUUGAAUUCACAAUGUGUUUCAAAAUUAAGAUGAUCGUGCCUGUAUACUUACUUUAAGUUUACUGAUGCCCAGGCUAGACUGGGAUGUAGUUAUUGCGUUGUAAUGAAAGAACCUAUCACAUAAGAAACAAAAAAGACGGAUUUAAAAAAAAACAACUUUUAAAUGUUUAUUAAAUAAAUUUUCGUGUUUUCUCUGUACUAGUUUUAAUGAUGAAGCGUGUAUUAUUAAAUGCAUUAUCGUUAUUAAAAGCAUUACCUUCAAGCGUACUUCGACGAUUUUGUGCGUUUAUCUAUCCCACAUGUUAAUGAUAGAGCGUGUGUCAUUCAAAACACUGUCCCUGGAAUCGGGUGUGUUAGUUCAUAAUUGGCGGUGAACUUUAGCCGUAAUGUGGAGAGGCUUCACUAAUCACCCAGGCUGUUGAACCAUUUAUUGCGACCUGGGUCUACUCGGAAAAGGCGAGCGUGGAUUAGCGGUCAUUAAUUAUAAUUGGUGUAGCCGCGGGUGUGAAUGAGUGACUUAACGAUGCCAGGUAUGGUAAGCAGAGCAGAAAAUUGACUGCACUUCAAGAUAAACCAGGUGAAUUUAGGGUAUGGGACCUUGAAAAUACUUCGACAUAAGCGGAGUAUUCGAGAUUACCGUGUUCAAAAUAUCAGAAGUUUUUUUAAUCAUUUAUAUAGGGAAAACGGCCGGGACCGGUGGUCGACUUCGACUCAAGCGGGGUAUUCGAGAUAAACCAUAUUCGAGAUACAGAUAUUUUACUGUAAUUAUAAUACUGUUCAAAGAUUUGUGUUGAAUUUUCAUAUGAAUUCAGAUAAUAUUGACAACAUUCGAUAGACAGAUUUUAAAAGCUUUAAGCUGAAUGAUGGUUAAAUGUCAUGAUAAACCGUUAUAUUUUUCAUAUUGUGCUAUACAGUUUUCUCAUUUCUUAUCCAUUGUAUACACACAUAUUCAUGUUUACCAAUGUUUUGUCAAUAAUAAACCUAUGCUUUUUCAA